GUGAUCCUUUCUGUUUCAGAUCUCAACACCGAACGACGCCUCCGUAGGACAGAACUGGGUCUGGCUGGGCCACAAGCUGGCAUGAAUCCGUACAAGGCACCCGCUUUUCGCAAGGCGCCGACAGAGACCAAGGUUUGGCGCGUCUCUGCGACUGGUCAUCCCGCCUGGAUAUUGCCUUGACCGCUUUGGGAUGCAUAUGACCCUGCAACCCGUCACUAGCGUGCCCCGUCAGGAUUUCCAUCAUGCGAUACUAAGGUUCUGGCGUGGCUGGUGAGGUUUGAAUCUUCUCACGAUGAAUCCUGACGAAAGGCCAGGGUCUGUGCUGUGUUGCUCCUCGAGGUAGACGUGAGGAUUCCUAGGAUAACAUAGCUUUUCUAUGAACUACAGACCGUACGCAUCGGUGAAUGUAUCAAUCACGCUCCAGGAAGCGCCGUAUUGCUCGCUGCUCCUCUCACGGCGUUCACAGCCUGGCAGAUGAUUUGCCUCAUUGCACAAGUUCAAGGUUAUGUCCUCCGAAUGUGCCACAUUCCUAGGAUGCUGCGGCUAGCUGUGCCGUAUUACGACUACCAUGAGUGCUGCAGUUUAUAACUGAGAAGGAAGAUUGGCGUUUUGGGUGUCCGCCGUCGUGGCCUCAGAGACUACACAUAGGUCUACUAGGGAACAACAUGAGCUCCAAUCAGCAGUCAAGCCGGAGUGACCAGUCGGCCAGAGACGAACGGCACAGGCAGGGGCGGCAUGCGAACGACGUGUCAAGGGCCCAAGCGGCCAGAUAUCCACAGCCCCGGGAAUCGCAGCAGUCCCAGACGAGCGGACAUGGUAUGGUCCCCAUGAGCGUGUCCCCAGACAGAGCACAGGCGCGAGUCGCUGACGAAGGCUUGUUCUCUCCUUCGCGCAGCGUUUCCGUGUCUGCGCAAACCCAGUCUGAAUACGCCAUCAGUGUGCCAGGUACUCAGGCGUCCAACUACUCGCAGCCCCGCGAGUCAAAACAACGACAGGGGUACGAAUAUGGUGUGCCUCCUGCGGGCACGUCCUUGGAGAGAGGUCAAGCGCAGGUUGACCGCCGCUCCGCUGGAGUUUCGCCCCCUUCUUCGCGUAGCGUACAUGCCGCGUCGCCAGCACAGUAUGCAAGCGGUGCCCCAGAUACUCAAGCGUCCAGAUACCCGCGGGACCAGGUACCGCAACAGCAGCGUGUGCACCAGCAUGACAUGUCUUCUGGGGGCGCGGUCCCGGGCAGAGGUCAAGCGCGUGUUGAUCGUGGUCCUGCUGCUGAGAGCCCGCUCCCUUCUUCGCGCAGCGUACCCGCCGCGUCUCACUCUCGCUCUCCAGCGGAAGUCCUCCCGAAUGGCAGUUCGUCUGCACCUAUCAGUGACGCAGAGACCAUUGCACCACAGAGCCCGUCGUUGAAGAUUCACUUCACGGAACAAGCAAAGCAACAGCUGGCAGAUCUUGAGCGCAGCGACCCGCGGUAUCGCGGCCGGGCGCGCGAAAUGCACGAAGAGGCGAUUAUGGAUUAUGCGAAGGAGCACAAGCCGAAAGCCAAACGGGCCAAUGUCAGGAAGGUCGCACAUACCGGUGGGAUGAACCCAACGGAAGGUGAGCAUCAGACUGUCUCGUUCAAGGGCGGACCCGGUGAAGAUGGGAACGGUGUCCACAUUCCCAUGCCUCCACGUCCGAACGAGUAGCGCCAACCGUGUCCAUGUGCGCUGCGGAUGAUAAAUUGUAUGGCAAUGCGAAUACCUGUGUCCUCUAGCGUUCCGCGUCUUCUUUUGUUGAGUGUUUGGAUAUGUAGAUAUCCGACGAACUGCUCGCCCUCGCUUCUCAUCUUCGUUUACAUCGCCAUCCUCGGAGGCAGUAAAAUAUAAUCUG